AUGGCAAUCAUUGUCUACAGGCAGCGUCUGCAGGGCGAGAUGGCACGGUGGGCACUGGUACUGACACUCUGCCUGUCCCUGUCUGCGGUGGCAUCUGCCGACUGUGUCACCCAGUGCUCCCUCUGUGCAGCCCAGACCCGCGGUGCCGAAAGCAGCGUCCAGCCCCUGAUCUGCCUGUGGGAAUGUCAGGGCUCUUUGUCACCCGGGCCUGAGUGGGAGAUGUGCAGGAAGACGCUGGCGCUGCUGGCACCGCUGGUGGCCCUGGCCGAAGGGAAAGAUCCAUCCACACAGGAGGCGGAGGAGGAUGGGGCAGAGCCGGAGCAGGGUCUGGGCCCUGAUGAGCUGCCACUUGCACUGGCCAAGCGCUACGGGGGCUUCAUGAAGAUGAUGUCCAAGGCGAAGCUGCUGUCGCUGCUCCGCGAGAACGCUCACAGCAAGGGCGGCCUCAGCAAGAAGUUUGGGGGCUUCAGCCGCAAGCCGGGGGAGCGAGCAGCCCCCGAGGACUACCCGGGGCCGGCAGGGGAUGGGGGCGAGGAGCCCACGGGUGCUGGGGCCGAGGGGCAGGAGCUGGCACAGCUGCACAAGCGCUACGGGGGCUUCAUGCGGCGCAUCCGGCCCAAGCUCAAGUGGGACAAUCAGAAGCGCUACGGGGGCUUCCUGCGGAGGCAGUUCAAGGUGAUCACACGCUCAGACGAGGACCCCAGCGCCUACUCAGGGGAGGUGUCAGACCUAUAG